ACAUAGAAUAUCACUGUCAGUAUCGGUACACUAGAGGCAGCUUUGCACCACAUGACUUGUAUGCCAUUUUUGUUGUUUCUACAUUACAGCUAUAACCUGGUACCAUAACUGCAAAAGUACAUUAAAUUAAUAAAUAUCUAUCUUAAUUUAAUACAGUGUCCUUGAUUAUUUUGGUCUUUUGUGUACAGUGCACCCGGAAAGUAUUCACAGCGCUUCACUUUUUCCACACUUCACUCUGGUUUCAGCUGCAGCAGAUGGAUGAGAUGGGGAUGGAGCAAGUGCCUGAAUGGUUGUCAUCCAGGACCUAAGGCAGUUCACUUCAGCAGUGGGAAUACUUCAGGCUCUAACACCAGUAUACAAAUGAUGAGUGCAAUGGAAAGACUAUUCCAUUUGGUGAAAGAUGGAAUGUUUCAUUCAAGGAGGCGAAAUUGAACAAAUGAAAAAAACAUUUAUUAUUUGUUUUAUUACUUCUCAUUUGAUGAUGAUGAUGAUGAUGAUAGGUCCUUGUCAUUUUAUUCAUUUAUUAACAAGAGGAAAAGUGACUUAUAUCUCAGUGUGUGUCAAGAGUUUCCAAACAGUCCAACACAAAUUUUAAAUAGCAAUCCAGUCCAAAAUUGUUCAGUCAGCUUCCACAAACAGUCAGAUAGUUCAAAUCAAUCCUGAUGAUGUCGUCCGUAGCUGACGUCUGUCGUCUGUACAGACUGCCUUCUGCUUUUCUCAGUCCAGCAAAAAUUUGCGACAAAAAUUUGUUGAGCUCUUCGCCCAACAGCAGUUCCACCUUAGCUAGAUAUGUGCCAGCGAAUAUUGCAAAUGCCUCCAAACGGCUUACGGCGUACUGGAUUUGUUGUUUCUUUUGUGUUAGAAGAAUGAGCAGUGGUCGCAGUGUGCAAUGGUACAAAACAUAUGGAACCAAAUUUGCACAAAAAAGGAGCACAUUGACAAAUGGGAUGAAUGAUCAAUAUCACAAACCACCAAUCAAAUACAAGGAUGUAUUCAGAUGUUAUCUAGUAAAAAAUAAAACGCUCCACAGCAGUGAAGCAGAUCAAAUAAAUCCAUGAAUUAAAAGUCAGCACUAAAGAGGAGACCACCAGAGUUUAACUGGGGAUCUCAAAAAGGAGAGGACGCUUCAGCCGUCAGUGUUCAGAUCCAACAGUGGAGUCCUGAAAUUUUUGCAUUGAUAUUGAGCAUUGGCUUCAACGUGCAAGCGCAGUGUUAACCAAACAUUUUAAAAUCUAAAUUUAUAAAUUAAACCAGAAUUAAUUUCAUAUCUAUAUCUAUAAAUGAAGAAUAUCCCCAUACACCCUUUAUUUUUCAUGAAACUUUUACAUAAAGGAGAAGACGAAAGAAAAAAUACGUUAAGGAAAGAAAAAAAUAAAUGGGUUUAAAAGCCAAGAUGUGACGUGCGCUACGAGAGGGGGUGGAGACAGGCUUGACCUGACGUAACGAUGUAAUGACGUAACGUGUGGGCGCCGUGGAGCACUCUGUGGCGGCGCUGAGUUUAAAGUUUUUAGUGACAACAGUACUGUGUUUUAUUUAUUUUUAUUAUUUUUAUUUUGUGAUGGAGGAUUUGACAGAACGCAGGACUCUGCAGGAUCUGCAGCUUUCCAGUCUUGAUGGCUCCAUGUUGCUGCAGACCAGGAGGAACACAAAACGGAAGUGUGGGGUCCUCAGUGACGCCACAGAGAGCACCCCCACAGAGCUGAUCCAGCAGUGCUCCCUCCUGCACAGCCACCAGCCCACAGCCUGCAGGGGCAAAGAGAAUCACGGCAACCGCUUUGUCCUGGCCAGGCGGUCGCGACAGCAGAGAGAAUUGGCAUCAGGUCUUUCAUGGGACCACCUACCAGAUGAGCUGCUACUGAGAAUCCUCUUCUACCUCCCUCUGCAGGACCUCCUCAGGAUGUGUACAGUUUGCAAGCGCUUGUAUCGUUUGGGGUUCGAUGAGCCUCUGUGGCACAGUGUGGAUCUGGAGGGGCUGACCCACGCUGGUCCGGCCCUGCAGCAGGUUCUGAACACGGGGGUCUGCAGGCUGCGCUGUCCUCACUCCUUCAUAGAAGAGCCGCCCUUCACAGGAACAGAAGCAGUAAAGAUUGUCCACAUGGACCUGUCGGGCUCCAUCAUCCCCACCCCGGUUCUGGAGAGCAUCUUGUGUCGCUGCCAGCUCUUGGAGUGUCUGAGUGUGGAGGGUCUGCAGCUCUCGGAUCACAUCGUCCAUUGUCUGUCCAGAAACCCAAACAUGCUGCAGCUGAACGUCAGUGGUUGUUCCGGAUUCUCUGCGGUUGCGUUGGGUCACAUGCUCGCAUCCUUGUCCAGGAUGGAGCAGUUAAACAUAUCAUGGUGUGACUUCAGUAAUGAUCAUGUGAAGAGUGUCGUCAGUCACGUGAGCUCCGGCGUCGUUCAGCUGAACCUCAGCGGCUACCGCCAGAACCUCACCUUAGAAGAUGUGAAGGUGCUUGUGCUGAGAUGCCCUAAUAUUGAGACUCUGGAUUUAAGGUGAGAUAUUUCAGUUUCCAUGUCAGACUGACCACAUGCCACUCAUUUUGUUUUGGACAG